AUGGUCCUCGACCCGGAUCAUGGAGAAGCUCUGCUUCAUGGUCAGAAGAGAAACCGCAUGCCGAAGCAUGCGCAGUUAGACUCAAAGGCAUGCUACGCCUUGAGGACAGAUAAGAGAGGCAUGCAACUGUUGGGCUUGUCCUAUCGGGAGGUCACUCCUAACCCUCACGACAACCCUUGUGAGGGUGGCCCUCCUCCACGCCACCCACAGGAACCUCAUCGGGAGGUCACUCCUAACCCUCGCGAUGACCCUCAUGAGGGUGGCCCUCUUCACAACUCCCACGAGCCUCGUCAUGACCCUCACGAUGCCUUACAUGACACUCAUCAACCUCUUCGCGGUCAUUCUCGUGAGCCAUGGUACAUGCAUAACGCCAUGCACCGUCGUGAAGAAAGUCCUAUGAUUGAGCAUGAUACUCUCCACUCCCGUGAUGUCUUCUACCACCGCGACUCUCACAAUCACCGCUAUGUGUCACGAGUUCCAAAUACAAACCAUUAUACGUUCCUAAACUCGAAGUCCUUUAAGCGCCCAGUCACAGCGCCUGUUACUAAGAAAGUAUUUAUAGUUGAAGAUGUUCCAACAACGGCGUCUAUUGUAGAGAUACCCAAAGAACCCAUGAACGAGUCAUGUGACUUAUCGGAAUAUGCCGGAUUAAACUUUAUUCCAAACGACCCUGACAGAAUGUUCCAGAACCUUACGGUUGCUGCGGCACAUGUCAUGACAUCAUAUUUGCAACCUCGCGACUAUUAUGGACCCAAUGAGCCUCGCACUGACAGCGAGUUCACCAUGCGGGAUACUUCCCUGGCCUUAGAGUCCCAUUAUACUCACGGUGAGCAUGAACGUGCAUACCCAAGCCGAUACAGCCCAGUGCUCAGUCCUGACUAUGCUCAUGAAAGUCGAUAUGCUCAACGCAAUGGCCUUGACAAGCGCCGGACAUUUGGUGGAGGAGCAUACCGUGACAGUGGGUACCCUCAAGGUAGAGCUCAUAACCAGGAUUCCAGAUGGAUGGACAAUGUCCGUAAUGUUGCAUCUUCAUCUUUGGACUAUGUUCAUUGUGAUGCUGUCCCACGAGCAUUUAAUCGAGAUCCCACUAACCCUCCGCAUCCUCCUUCAUCUUAA